GGGAUGUAUAUGGGCUGUAUAUGGGCUGGAUAUGGGAUGUAUAUGGGAUGUAUAUGGUGUCAGCAUCUCUGGGAUGUGAGGAGAUCUGUGUCUUCCAGGAUCCCGGAGCCUGUGAUUCAGAGGAACUGAUGUCAUUGUGUCACGGGGUAUGCAGCCUGAAUGGAGAGGAGAAGAGGAGGUCUCUGGGAAGAGGAGGAGGGAGCAUGGUGAUACAGCAGGACAAUACCAGACAGACCUGAUCAUAACAAGCCGGAUGGACCAGCACGGCCAGACAGGGCACCUUCCUGGGCAUCGCUGCUAGUGGGCAAUGUACGACAUGCAGUGUUCAGCUCCUCAUUUGCUCCACAUCCUUCCAUGUCUCUUUUCCAGUCCACAUCAGGCCCCCCGGAUUUUACAUGUGCAAUAAGGCACCAUAGAGGAGUUGACCCCUUUUGGCUAUUCUGCAGAUCUUUCUAGGAUAUGGCGUGCUGCCCAAUGCGUGCCCACAAGUUGCCGUGACUACUCCUCAUCUGCUGUGCCCAAGACACCGGACGGCGGCGUCCAUAACUUCCUGCGACAGUGGACGCCCCUUGUGUGUGGGACCCGUCCAGAGUAACGCUGCCGUCCUCACAGGACGCCGAGUGCAGAGGGCUCCGCGCCGCUUGGCUUCUCCCACUGCACCUGGACAUGGACUCAGUGUUCGGUGAUGACAUCAGCAUCAUUGCCCAGGAGACAUUGGCGCAAGAGGACGAGGAGGAGGAGGACGACGACUGGGUGGACAGUCCCAACACUGACCAGUCCGGGGACAUGUGCUCCGCUUCACACUUUGCUUUAAUAACCGCAUAUGGUGACAUCAAGGAGCGGCUCAGUACCCUGGAGAGGGAGAAUGCCACCCUGCGCAGGAAACUCAAAGUCUAUGAAAUCAAGUAUCCCAUUAUCACCGAAUUUGGGGAUGAGCAAAACUUUUCACCCUAUGAUACUAAAGAAGAAUCUCUUCUGCACAACGAUGUCGCCCAACAUGAGCUUCAAAACAGCCAAGAAAAAGAGGAGCAGCUGGGAGAGAUGGUGCGUGCAUGUGAAAAGAUGUGCGCGGAGAGGAGCGAGCUACACGAGGAGUUAAGUGAAAUGAAGGGUCUUGUCCUGAGCCACGUAGCCCACAUCCAGUCUCUGGAGCAGCAGUUGCAGAUGUGUGCAGAGCCGCAUCCUUUCCCCGGCUCCGCUCUCUCAGAUCCAGACAUGCAGUACCUGUCGCUGCACCAUGGACCAGAUAUGUCACAUGUUUUAGAACAUGCUAUGAGCUGGCAGGCCCCCCGCAGCCUGGAUUUACAGCGCAACAUGGCGGCACAAAGGAGAGAUGCUGAGCUGGAAGAGGCAAAAAGAGAUCUGCAAAAUGCUCAACGGAGAGAGAAGCAGCUAAAGGAAGAUAUUCUGCGUCUAGAAGAGGAACUCAAACAACUGCAGGAGACCCGGGAGCAGGAACUGGCAACUGGACAGACCCAGCGGGAGAUGGCGUGGCUAAAGGAGGUGGGAGAUGACCAGGUCAAUUUGGCUUUGGCUUAUACUGAGCUGACAGAGGAACUUUACCGUCUACGUGACCUUACUGCCCUACAGAGCCGCAUUCUGAGAUCAUUACUAGAAGAACAAACAGGACAAAGACACUCCCCACCACAUCGACACUCUCCCUGCCAACUGCGCCACUCGCCUUCUUCUCUGCGCCACUCCCCUUCUUCUCAACGACGCUCCCCGGUCCCUCAGUGCCCAUCUCCCAUUUUGCAGAGAAGAUCUCCUGUCCCACAGUCUCCAGUCCACCAACGUCGAUCCCCAGUACCACCCUCGUCACCCUCACGUAGAUCUCCUGUACCCUCACCAUGCCCAUCGCCUGUAGGCACUGAGAUUUCAUAUCCUAAGCCCUCAGUUCACCAAGCAAAAGCAUCAUUCCAAGCCCGUCGUAGCUAUUCUGAGAUCAGUGAACCUGCAAUGUAUCCACGAGCACCCCGCUCCCUGUGGAUGCCAGCUGGAACCGCAACUCUACCCAAGCAGUUAUCUUACAAUGAGGGGUAUGCCGGCAGCCCACCUACUGUCCCUUGCUUCCAAGAACCCCCACAGCAAUCCUCUGAUGAGGAUGAAUGGAGUCCCCCAUCCCCACCUAGUCCAGAGCCUGGAGCAGUUCGCUGUGCUUCCUUUUGUGCUGGAUUCCCCAUCCCUGAUGCAGCAAGUAGAAGAAUGUCGGCAUCAUAUUCCAGAGCGGAACAUGCACAGUCAUGGCCUUCCAUCAAUUUACUGAUGGAGACAGUGGACUCAGAAGUAAGAAGUUGUCCUCUCUGUCAGCUGGCCUUCCCGGUUGGAUACCCCGAUGAUGUUCUAAUAAAACAUAUUGACUCCCAUCUUGAGAACAGCAAGAUCUAACAAGUCGCUAAAUUGUGCGCCCCGGGGAAACGGAAACGGCAAGUUUUGGGAUCCAAAACAAAUCCAUAUACCUACUAAUGGCAGAACAGGACACUUACCCCAGUUCUUAUUAUACACUCGUGAGAACGUAGUAUGUCGUGGAAUGAUACUGAGUAUCUAUAGAAUGAUUGCGGAAUUCAGUGUAGUGACUGAUCCUGAAUAAUUCGUUGAUGCAGACGGGUAGUGAACGCAGGUCUAUGUACAGUAUUACUAUUACCUAGACACCUUUCACUGUAAAGUGAUGGCAAAAUAUAUAUAUAUAUAUAUAUAUAUAUAUAUAUAUGCACACGGAAAAGAUGACAUUGCACAGACUCUCCUCAUGUGGAACCAAAAGUCUUAGGCCAUGUUCAAACACCGUAAAAUUGGCCUUUUUUCCAGACGCAAAGCAAAAUACUGCCUUUUUUUUUUUACGGUGUGUGAACAUGGCCUUAGCAUGCUAGCCUUUCUAUGGCUACAGUGCCUAGCCUAAACUUGUUCUUCGAAAAGAGCUUAUAGUGAGCUUAUAAAAACUAAAGGGAACCAUACAGAUAGUUCCUAUAACUUCCGGUUACGAUAGUUAUAUUGUAUCUCUAUCUCUCUCUCUAAUUCUGUCCAUCCAAACUCCAGUGUAGUGGAAUAUCAUUGCAGUCCUAGUUGCAUGUUUGGUGUCUUCUGACAAAUGUUCCAAUACUGAACAAAUAUCGGGAGUGUUUGUAGCUAUUGUCCCCCGCUAGUAUGUCUGAUAUCAACUCAUUUCCGAGGGACUAUGGGGGAGAUUUACCAAAACCUGUGCAGAGGAAAAGUGGAGCAGUUGCCCAUAGCAACCAAUCAGAUCGCUUCUUUCAUUUUUCAAAGGCCUGAAAAACAAUCUGAUUGGUCGCUAUGGGCAACUGCUCCACUUUUCCUCUGCAAAGGUUUUGGUAAAUCUCCCCCAAUGAAACCUGUAGUAAAGUUCUAUAGAUUUAAAUAUACAGUAUAAUAUAACAGGGGCUAUUUUCUAUAGUGGUUACAUUUACACAUGACUAUAAUUAAUAUAAUACUGUAAGAUAUAUUUUUCCAUUGGGGACCUUUGAGCAGGAAUACGUAAGCAAUCAUUGACUUUGCACUAUGUUAGCACAUCACUCUUCUAUGUAUCUGUCUCCCUUAUGAUGUGGAUGUAACUAUAUGCAUGAGAAUACCUAUCACUAUUUCACUAGCUGGGUCACGUUUUAAGGUAAACAAGGGAGGCAGCCAUUUUUUUGGGUCCUACCUAGCACCAGUUGUACUGCCAUGUGAAAAGGGGGCGAUUCUUGUGCCCAAUCUCUUUUCUAAUGUAACUGCCAGGAUGUAACAUUUCCUUCAUUCAUGUGCAUGGCAAAAUCCCUCAAACACCAAAACCUGAAUCUACACAAGGGAGUCUCAUCACCUAAGGUGUUGCCGCUGUGGCCUCCUUAAGACUUUGCGAAAAAAAAAAAAAUGUAUCGGGAACGAACUAUAAUGAAUGUGGAUUUUAAGGACUACUAUAAAGGACUAACAGCUCUCUGCACCUCCCACUGCCAGGCCAGCCUGCAGUGCAUUGCAAAGAGAUAUCUCCAUCGCAUGCAGAAACGUGUCUCUGGUCAGGCCCUGACAUGCAGGGAGUAAAAAAAUAAAAUAAAAUAUAAAAUAAAUAAAAAAUAAUAAAAAAAAAAAAAGCUUCCUGAUGGGAGUUACCUCUCCCUGACGUGUUAUACCUCAGCCCCUAACUUAUGUGUAAUGUAUGCAUAUACAUGCCUAUAUGUUUAUCUCAAUAUAUAUGUGUGUAUAUAUACACUGAGCCUGCACAACACUGUCUGUAUUUCUUUGGCUCUGAUGGUCUGAUGUCUUCCCUUAAUGUCUGGUCCAGUAACACUGUGAGCUGGAGUGGUCUGCAGAUGGCUUUUCUUUGUGUUGUGCCCAGUAUGGCAGGGCUGUGCUGCGGUGGAAUGCCCUGCUCGUCCGUGUACUGUAUUCCUUUUAGUGACAACAUACCCAAGUCCAUACAGCACUGUGAUGCCAACCGGGUGACGUACCGUACAGGAUCGGUCAGUGUGGCAUAGGGCACCGAGGUGCUGUUAUUGCAUUUCACUGCGGUACUUUGUGUGGUAUGCUGUUCUGCAUUAUUCAGUAUGACAUACUGCUCUGCAGUGUAUAUUGUGGUCCAUUGCUCUGCAGUGUAUGACAUGUGACUUACUGCCCUGCAGUCCUCGGUGUAGUAUGAUGUUCUGCCUUGUUCAGUAUGACAUACUGCUCUGCAUUGCUCACUGUCACAUGAUGCUGAGUGGUGCUUGGUGACGUGUUGCCUUGCAGUUUGUAAUGUAUACAGCAUGGGAUACAGCUCUGCAGUGCUCAGUGGGCAGCAUACUGGAGGAUAGAUGUUGCUCUGCAGACCGCUCAGCUGCUCUCACAGUUCUUUGCCUAUUCCUGUCCUGUGUAAAAUGAAUAAAAAGUGAUUUUUCUAUUAAGUUCCUGUUUG